GGCACAACGUUUUCCCGACAUGGGUUAUAAAGAGAAGCAGAGGUCCAGUGCACUUUUGCACACGGCGUUGUGAGCACCUUUUACCUUCAACCACUUUUUCAAGUACCUUUCUCAGGCAAAGGCGCACAAAUUCUUUAGGAGAACAGCUAUUUUUUUAUUUAUCUAUCUUUGACGUGGAUCAGACUAACUUUUGCACAGUGGAAUACAGUUUUCUGCACAGUUUCAACCCAGAUGAUCACAAAAAGGGACAGAAUACAUUGGGAUCUUUUGCAUGGCUGUGAAGUUUUCUUAGAUGGACCACAACAUGCAGUACUACACAAUAAGUGAUCUAUAGGGAGUUCAUGGAUGAUAUGGUUACACCUUUUUUGGAAAGGCAAGCCAUUACUGAGGAGAUGGCUUUAGUGAGCAAUGCACUGGCUGCGUACUCCUACAUAGCAGAUCACCCAGAACGGGCAGCGCUGUAUUUUGUGUCCGGGGUGUGUUUGGGACUGGUCCUCACUCUCAUCGCCUUAGUGGUACAAAUCUCUUGUAGAACCGACUGCAGAACACAAAGAGCACCCAAGAAAACGGGAAAACCGGCAGAGAGCACCAGUGAUACCAGCGACAGCGAUUCGGACUGGGACAAUGCCUCUGAUUUGUCGGCAAGGCGGCACAGGCGCUUCGAACGGACGCUCGGUAACGUGUUUACUUCAGCCGAAGAGCUGGAGCGAGCACAACGAUUGGAGGAAAGAGAGCGAAUCAUACGAGAGAUCUGGAUGAACGGACAGCCUGACAUGCCUGGCACACGCAGUCUGAACCGCUAUUAUUGAAAGAUCUCUGAAGAUUUGAGAUUGCACAAGGAAAUACUUUCUUGUGAACAAUAAAUGAUUAUUUCUUUUUGGAUGUAAAAAGAGACUGGGAAAUAAGCAAAACCAACAACUGCAGUUGUCUGGAAACAUCUUUGUACUGGUGGUAACACAAGUGAAGUGUUUUUUAUAAUUGAAAAACUAAUUUGAUGAAGAAUUUAUCAUAAAAUGUAAUACAAACGGUAGAAAAACAUACAUGCUUGACUUGAAAUAUAAUAGUUUCACUCGCAAUGAAUAUCGUCUUACAUAAUUUGGAUAGUAAAGUGGUUUAGUCACAGAUGUUAAUAGUGUGCAUUUGACAAUUCAGACACCUAACUUUAAUGUAUUCU